AUGCAAGGAUAGAAAGAUUUCGGAAGUCUAACAGAUGAUGAGCAACUCCAAAAACUCAAGGAACUCUCAGAGCUCUUGAUUAGCAAUGGUCUUGGCCAUAUCAAGCCCAAGAUCUUCGAUCAGGUUGUAUGCCCAUUGAAGGCUCCAACUAUUAUGAGAUAGACUGCUCUUUUAGCAGAGGGUAGCGUUGUAGCUGAGCAAAAAGCUGCAGCUGACAAAGUGAAGAAAGAAGCAAACUAAACUAUUUUAGCUGGAAUCAAUCCAAGAACCGUCCAAUUCGAGAUUGAAUGUAAACUCGCUGUUGGUACUCCAAUGAUCGACAUCACCGAGGUCAUUGAUAUCAACACUGAAGAGGAGCACACCAUCUCUCACAAGCCAGGUCAAGUGAUCCUUCUCGACUUCUGGGCUACAUGGUGCCCCCCAUGCCAGGCUCCAAUGGCUCACAACCAAGAAAUGCUAGAGCAUAACGGCGCUAAAUGGGGAGAUAAGGUUAGAAUCAUCGGUAUUAGUAUCGAUUAGACUGUUCCACCAGUUCUAAAGCAUGUCAAGGCUAAGGGCUGGGAAAAGGUUGAACAUUUCCAUCGGGCUGGUUCUAGCUCAAGUGAAGACUACGGCGUUAAGGGAGUGCCUCAUGUCGUCCUAAUUGACACUAAUGGAAAGAUCGUUUAUAUCGGUCAUCCAGCUUCAAGAAAGCUAGAACAAGACAUCGAAACUUUACUUAAGGGAGAAGCACUUAAAGGUGUAGCCGGUGGUGAAGAAGAUGAGGAAGAUGAAGAAACUGCCGUUUUCAAUGAUGUCGAUGUCACUCAACUUUGCCAAGAAGUAGCUAAGUUCAAGGAUGCUGUCGAGGGUCUUCAAAAGAAUGAAGAGCUUAAGAAAGCAUCUGCUUCACUAUAAAGAGACUUUGUUGUUCUCGUCAGAGAGACAAAGUUCGACAAUGGAAAAUAUCUUUCAAAGGUCGAAAACAUCAAUGUCUUAGUUGGAGGCGAAACAGCUGUUGAAGAAUCUAAAGUUCAUAUUUAGAAGUUCUUAGAUGACUUCAAGGGAAAUUUCAAGUCGACCUGGAAAGUCCAAAAGGCAUGA